CGAUGCUGCGGACGAGCUUGCCAGACAAGGAUCGGGUGCGGGGGCGAUUGGUCCGGAACCGACUCUCCCGAUACCGUUUCGCGUUUCGCGAGAAGGUACGCUCAAUGCUGCUGGCACGCACAGGGAAACUACACACAGAACACUGGCUAAACCAGACUGGAUGCAGACAGGCCAAACAAGCUAUGCCUGGCAUCAACGGUAAGCUCACAAGGGCACUCCUUCAACUAGGAAAAGUUCGACUGAGUAUGGUAACCAGUGUCAUAACAGGUGUCACAGAUAGUCCCCUAUGCCGUGGAUGCAUGGAGAAGGAAGAAACAGCCUCUCACGUGGUGUUGGAAUGCAGCGGAGUGGCCGCAUACAGGGCAAAACAUCUCGGAUCCCCGAGGUCAUACUCAACAUCAAAGGUUUGAUAGGAUUCCUCGAGGAGCUGGGCUGGCAGGACUAGCCCCUAUCACGCAAAAUAGGCGCAGGACGUCGAGUUGCGGAAAAUCG